AAAAAAGAAGUGCACUGCCCCUGUUUAUCUGGGCUAAGCCUUAGUUUACAGCUGGUUCCAGACUGGAGUGUUGGGACUAUUGUUUAUAGUAAAUAGACUUUUAUACAACUCAUUAUUUAUUUGUGACCAGUAUUGGUAAAAUAUUUAUUAUUUUACUUUUUCAAUUUUGAAGAUAAUAUUUUAAAUUAUUUAUUUAUUAGUUUCUUACCCUGACAAAUUUUAUAAUUUAUCGCCAUGGAUAGAAAGCAUUGUUCUCCACUUAGAAUUCCCCCAGGAUUUGGUGGAAAAGUAUUAAACAGGUUUCCAUCCGCUUCAUUGCCAGUGAAUAUUCCAUUUCCACAAACAAUGAAGUCCGCAGCAUCUCGUGAUAUGCACAGCUUCUCUCCUGCUGUUGCUGCUUCUGCACCAUCAGAAACUAUACCAUACGUGGAUAUGUUAUUGGUAAGAGUAUUAUCCUGUUCUGACUUGGAGAGUACAUUAACUAGCAGAUCUUAUGAAGGUUCAAAGUCGUAUCAGAACUUCCCGCCUCCUCCGCCGAUUCCCAUUUUCCAUCACCUCCCAUCAAUUCAGGCUUGUUCGCCACCUCGGUUCUCUCAUAGGACGCCAGUUCGCCAUAAUUUUCCGCCUUUAAAUAUUGGACAGCAGGCUCCUGGUUUCCCAAUUUUUGGCAUGACAGGACAAUCAAUCAACAGGGGGGUGCAACCUGUGGUGCGCCCGCCUCCUGGUUUCGAAGUCCCUCUGCUUAACACUCCGCCGAGCCCGCUGACUCCUCCUCAGUUCCCUUCGCCACAGCCCUGGUCCCCUGCAAGGCUUGCUCCGAUGUUUCAUAGAACCGAGAGUACGGAACCAAGAAUUGAACAGGAUGUUAGCAAGAACCCUGGAGGAGCUAGGGUCCAGAGUACUCCUCCCAUGCCUCGUGAUAGCGAGAGAAAUAACAAACGUAACGGAUUUGGAAAUCGUAAAUCUAAAAUGGUCUCAAAAUCAAAUGAGGAAGUUUGGAAUGACAAUCCAACAAAUGAUAGGAGAGCAUUCAUAAAUAGCACCCGUAACCAUUAUAGCCCGUCUCCUAAUGAUAGGUGUAAAGAACAAAAUGCAUGUGACCCUCAAAUUCUUGACACCUUGAUGUUGACCAUGAAACAGGGCCUGGUAAUAGUUACUUAUUACAACUUUCUUUCUUGCUGCCUGUUGUCAACGAUAAGUACAAAGUUUAAAAACAAAUCUUUUGGCGACAAAUUUGAACCUUACUUAUCCUCUGAGGAAGUAAAAAGUGGUUUAGCAGAUAGGACCCUAAUAGAGUCCAUGCUAAGAAUAAACCACAAAAAUAGCAAUGAAGCUUACGUAUCUGAUUGGGCUGAUGGCGAUCAAGAUGUAGUAAUCAUGGGAGUUGAAGACCGCAAUCGCUCAUUAGAUGGAGACAUCGUAGUCGUUAGAGUAAAAGAAAAGAGUGAUUGGGCAAAAUUGAAAAGAGGAGGAAAGCUCGUCCCUCAUAAGACAGGCCAGGUGGUGUACAUCAAAGAACGGGUUCACCACCGAAAUACGAUCGGUUCAUUGCAUAAGUUAUACGAUGAGGAUAUAGUUGUUCUGGAACCAAGAGAUACGCGUUUGCCGUAUAUCAGAAUUCAGAAAGAAUCUAUUCCAAAACACAUAAUGAAAAAAAUACUAUCAUUUGACGUUUGGAAUAUAUUAUUCAAAGCGUCUAUCACAUCGUGGGUCAAUCCCAAUUAUGCUGAAGGAAUAUUUAAAAAAAAAAUUGGUAAGAGAUUCCAUAUUUCCACAGAGACAGCUGCUAUUUUAGAAGAGCUCGGCCUGGAUUGUAAACCAGUGCCUCAUUUCAAAAAGUUGGUUCCUCCUCUUCCUUAUGAAAUACCGGAGGAUGAAUUGGUUUCGAGGCUAGAUUUAAGAGCAACGACAAUCUAUAUGGUGGAGGAAGUGUUUCAUAUGCUGCCGCUUACGCUCUGUGAGCUCUGUUCUUUGAGCUCCGGUCAAGAUAAAUUGACUAUAUCUGUCAUUAUGACUGUCUCUAAAGAGGGUGUUGUUUUGGAUACACAGUUCAAGCGAUCUGUUAUCCAUUCCUGUGGUCAAUUAACGUACGAUCAAGUCCAGUAUUGCAACCUUCCAGUAUCAGUUGUAUUUUCGGUGUCGGUCGUUGUCAUGUUUUCCAUAGGAUUAAAACGUUUUCCGCGUUUGGAUUUGAUUAAUAAAUUUGGGAAACGACAAUUGUCGAUAAAUGUUACAGCGAUAGAUGAUCCUAUAGUCGUCACCGACGACGGAUCAACAAUAGUUUGUUGGCACCCAGAAAAGAUGUAUCCCUAUGAGUUUACCAAGCCAAUGCCAGAAAAUAUAUCACACCCUAGGAUUCUUAAAACAUCUAAAGAAGAAGCUAUGAAAUUGGUGUCUAAGAAACCUACAGAUAUGGAGAUUGCUAGGGAAUGUGCAAGUUUGACAAACACUACAUUUCAUAGGUGGCUUCCAAGAAGUAGGGAUAAGAAGGCAAAGAAAACUCUUCCAGACCGCCCAUAUCUGCUAAUAGAAGAAUUUAUGUUACUCGCAAACGAGUCAGUUGCGAAAUUCAUCCACAACAAGGCUCCAGAUCUUGCUCUCUUGAGGAAACAUGAUCCCCCCAAGCUGGAUAUGAUCUCACGGCUUGCCGAUGAUCUAAAUGAAAUUGGAAUAUUGUUGGAUUAUAGCAGUGCCGGCAGUCUUAAUUCUUCUCUUUUAAAGUACUGUGAAGAUGACAAGAAUAAAGCACAGGUCUUGUACAAUAUGUGUGCAAAACCGAUGAGGAGAGCAGCUUAUUUCUGUUCAUCGGAGGAUACUCACCACUAUGCACUUAAUAUGAACCUAUACACACAUUUCACUUCACCCAUCAGGAGGUUUGCUACAGUGUGUAAUAGGAAGAAAUUUUCUGCGAAAAAAGCAAAUGAACUGAGCUGUGACUUUCAUCGGGUUCUGUACUUCAAGAAGUUUGGGCCAUUAUCUUUCGAAGCCAUCGUUUUAUCAGUGACACCUUGCAGUCUUUUUGUCAUAGUACCUUGCCUCGACUUCGUCACAAGGAUACAAUUAAAUAAAAUGAAAGCCGUAAAGUUCAAGGUCGGUGAUAACAAACUAGAUUCAAGAGUUGAAAUUAAGUGGCCUAAGAUAGAAGAAGCGCAGGAGUUGAAAAUCUUCUCCCCUGUCAAAGUCAGCUUGGAUCACAAGAUGGUCAACAUCACUCCUCAAGUAAUAGCCACUCUCCUUCCACCAUCAGACAGCCCGAGUUAGUGUAUAUAAGAAUCCCUACAAUUGUAUAUACUCAGGUCAAUUCUUGUAUUUAAUAUGUAAAUAUUUAAUUAAGGUUAGUUUUAUUGAAUAUUAUUUUACAGCAUCACUGUAUUAUUUGUGAUUACGUAUUUAUAUCUUGAAUAAUGGAAUAAUUUAUAUUUCAGCGAGUAUUUGCUAAAGAUCUCAAUUUUGUGACUUGUGUUUUAUCUGAUGUUGGUUGUCCUAUGAUUCGAACAAUUUAAAUUUUUUUUUUAUAUUUAGCUUUUAAGUCCUGUCCUACUAACUAAUUUUAUUUAUACUACUGUUGUUUUUAUAACUUAGAUUUGUUGUAUUUAUGUGUUUUAUCUUGUUUCUCCUAUUUAUAGUUGUAAUUGUAAUAAUUGAAUUAUUUUAUAUAUUUAUAUAUAUAUUUUUAUAUUUCUUUAAAAUCUAUAUGGUAGAUAUACAUAAUAUCUAUGUACGAAUAACUGUUUUUUUCAUUGUUUUUUUUUUAAAUUAGAUUAUGGUAAAGUUAAGUAUGCACAACUGACAUGAAAUAAAAAUGUUAUUUAUUUGGAAAUGGUUGUCAGUCGUUAAUAAGUAAUAAUGUUAUUGCUCCUAAAAACCCUUGUUCAUUUCAGAUUUAUUAUUUGUUAUAAUUUUAUAUUAUUAGCAAUAUUUUUAUGUAUUUAUUCAUUGACUGAUUAGAUUUUUUAUUUAAUGACUAUAUUUGUCUUGAUAACUUUAUAAUAAACGAAAUGUAUGAUAGACUGAUAAAGAAAUGUAUCUUGAUUUAAGGGUUAAUAUAUCUUUAUGAUUUAAUUUUUAAGGUGCUUAUAUUAUUUUCACCAAAUAUUUUGAAAUCAUCGAACAUUCAGAUUCACAAUCGUAUAAUAGUUAUUAUUUAUUAUAUUAUCGUAUUUUAGUUAAACGUAUGUUAGUUAUUAUUUACAUCAGUUUUCAUGUCAAAAUACUCAAGUUUAGUUACCAUUUCAAACAACUUCAACACAAAAAAUUUGCUACGGUAUAUUGUUAAAAAAGUGUUAAGCUAAUCAUUUCUAAAUUUCUGCAUUCCUUAUAUAGCAUUUCCAAGUCUAAUUUAGAAUUUUCCAAAACAAAUUGGGAUUGUUCCAAAUCAAAUUUAGAGCUUUUCAAACCAAAUUUGGAUUUUGGCAAAUCGAAUGCAGAACUUGCAAACCAAAUUUAUAAUUUUCCAUUUCAAAUUAAAAAAAUUUACAAACCAAUUUAAGAAUUUUUAUAGUUCCAAACAAACAGAGUAUUUUAGUUUUAUUAUUAAUUUCCGUAGACGUAGUACCUAUUAUGAACAAUAAGGUUGGGCAUUUGGCUCCAACUGAGCAAUAUUUAGGUAGGUGACUUGCGAAGGGGCUAGAAAGAUAUUGAUGAACAGGGCCUCAGAGGUAGAAAGGUCAUAUAGAUUUUAAAUUCUGUUGAAAGCACUGUAUUAUAUAUUGUUAGGUUACGUUUCCUUUGAAAAGUAAAAAAACAGUCUCUGAACCAAAUUAUAUUUAUUUUACACAAUUAUUUUAAAUUAUUUCUCAGGUUGUGUUGAGACAAUAAACACAGAUUCCUCAAUUAUAUAAUCUAAAAGCAUACAUUAAUUUUCUAUGAAAUAUUUAUGACUUUCCAUUCAGUUUUGUCGGGGUCUACGUUAGAGAAGUUAGGGAAUUUUGUUAGUACGUAAAUACUUUUUUCAAAUUGGAAAUAAAUGUGCAGUGAAUAUUGUUUACAAUGCUAUUGAAGGGAAAUACAUUGUUGUUAGAAAUGACCAUGGUCGCUAUAUUCAUCCACCUUUGACUGUCAAUAACGGCAAUGGUCGUUAAAUUGAAAUCAUACAAGAGUAAUGAAUAAAACUUAAGCAAAAUGGACUUAAACAGUGCUUUUUACAAAAGAAAAACAUACCAUUAUUAUUUACUAUUUAUAAUAUAUACAUCUGGGUUAAGAUCUGGCUGGCAAGUAGUCAUUUGUUCAACCCGUGGUUCUCCUUAAAAGAGCAUUUGUUAAACAGAAAUUGCACAAUUGGUGUCGGAUAACUAUUAUGCUGUUUAUAGUAAUUAAAAAAAUAAAUUACUAAAGAGAAACUACAUUAAUAUUGGAAUCCCACGUAGCUCACUUUAUUUUAUAAUAGAGAAAAUCAGUGCUUUAUAUGUCAAGAAUCAAACUCAGUUUAUGAAAAUAAAAUAAAUUAAUAAAAUAAUUGGUAAAUGGUUGACUGUCGUGGAUAAUGAAGAGAAGGAUAGUUAGGGUGGUCAGUCAAAAAAGAAGGCAAAAAUAAAUGAUAAUAUUUAUUUUUACAUUUGCCGACGUUUCGACCUGAAGUUCAGGCCUUCAUUAUGAAGCGUAGAGAUAAUAUGGCAUCUGAUAAUAUAACAUAACAUCUGAUCUGUUUGAUUCUUGUUCUGUUGGAAUUUAUGUUGAUCAUACUUAGUAAUGUUGAAUUCGACAAAUGAUUUGAUUGAAGUUUUUGUAAUAAGAAUACAAUUUAACAGUAAAUUUUAAGCGUGAAGAGGCUUGAGUUGUAACGAGUCUGUAAUAAAAUUAAAAACAUUUGAGCACAAUAUGUUUGGUGAUUAAUAAAAUUAUACAUUCUAAUUAAUCAUUAUGAAAUUAUUCACUUUUAUCUAUUUUAGUUAAUAUCUGUUUAAAUUUUUUUUCCUUGAAUGUAUUGUAUGGUAUGUCAAUUAUAUAUUUAACUUAUUUUAUAAGGUGUAAUAACUAAUAUAAUACAAUAUUUAAAUUGCAAUUAUUAAUUUUAUAUUUUUAUAAAACAUCAUCGGGUAUAAUUGUUCAAAUCAAAUGAAUAUCUGUGAUAUGAUUGUAAUAUUUUUUGCUUUGUUUAUUUAUUUUGAGAAUGGACAUAUUGACAUUUCUGUACAUUUACUCUUAAAACUCAGGUAUGCUAGUUUGAAAUGAAUGUAUUUAUAAAUAUUACUAAUUAAUAUAGUAAUAUUAGAGAUAUUACUAGAAAGAAACUAUCAUUUUUUUUUUUUUUCAGUUACAAAAAUAUCUAUUAACAUAAAAUUUGAAGUAUUGUAAAAUUUAAAUUUGAAUUGGUAUAUCGAUUGAAAUAUUCUUAAUUAAGAAAUAAGUAUAUAUAACUAUCGUGGUUUUUGAUAAAUUUAGUUGUGUGUUUUAGAUUUUUAUAAAAUAUAUUGCUAAUUAACAUUUUGUCAGAAAAAUGAGUAAAGUAGGGGUUAAUAAAUAUUUUAUUGAUUUCCUUGACAAGUUUACCAGACCUCUUAAAAUUGUUGUUUAUUUAUAAAUUUGUAUACACCCACAUACAUAUGCAUAUAAAUUAUUUGUUUCAAAGCUUUAGUUUCAACUGUUGCAGUAAAAAACUUACUAAGUCCAUUUUUUCUAUCUAAUUUUUAAAAUAGAGUGUCAAUUUUAUUAAAAUUACUCUAUUUUUGUGUGUUCUCCUUUUAAUAUUUCUGAUUAAGUUUUUAUCUUUAAUUAAUAUGUUAUUCCUUGAUUUUGUAUGUAGCGUGCAUUUAUUAAUAUGUGCAAUUGUUUUAGCAAUGUUUCUGAUCAACGAUUGCGCAUUGUGUUAGGAAUUUUGAAGGUGCAUAACUAGCAUGAAAUUUUCAUUAUGAAUUAUAUCAUCAUUAAAACCUAUAUUAAAGGAUAAGACAUUCAGAACCUAUUAUUAUUAUUAAUUAUAUGAUUAAUUAAUCUGUAAACAUUUUAAUUUAUUUAUUUCAACUUAAUUGUGGGUUGAUGGUUGACUGUAGUGAAUAAUUAAAGAGAAGGAUGGUUGUGAUGAUCAGUCAAAAUAAAAAACAGUAAAAAUAAAUAAUUAUAUUUGCAGACGAAAGACCUAAGUCUUUCCAUAUUUCUUGGAUUAAACAGCCCUGAUGAAGACCUGAACUUCGGGCCGAAACGUCGACAAAUAUAAAAAUAAAUAUAAUUAUUUAUUUUUACUAUUUUUAUUUUGACUGAUCACCCCAAACAUCCUUCUCUUCAAUUUUUUCAAGUUAAGUUUCGGGGCUCAUGUUCACGCUAUCCAUUUGAAGCAAUUAUUUGUUUUUGUUUUAAUAGUUACAUACUUUCAGUAGCUUUCUAUGUUUUAUCAUAUGUAAAUCAUCUUAUGAAAAAAAAUUGAAGAGAGAAAAUAUAUUUAUAUGGAAAAUAUAUAUAUAUCCCACUACUUUUAUCUCAGUCCCCCCUCCACUUCUCGUGAAUGAACCUUCGAUUUCCGGAUGUUCGGAAAUCCGCAGCGCACCACCAUCAGUACUUCAUUCACUACCUUACACGACAAUUCGGAACGUCAUUAGUGCAAUUCCGAAUGACCGUGUAGGGUCCCCUUUUAAGGUAUAAAAAUCUUAUUAUUCGUUAACAAGUUGAAACAGUCUUACUGGUACACUAACCUUACUUUUUUUUUAACUUUCACUCAGGCAAAUUUCUGUGCGAUUAAAUAUUGAAUUUUUGCAUGGAAUGUGUAAGUAAGAAUCUACAAAGAGAAUUUUUUAACGACUUAGGAAAUUAAAUUAGGUAGCUACUGUAGACCCAACCUAUUUUUGGCAAAUCUUAACUACAGACACACAGAAUCUUCUUAAAAAUUAAGUCUGCUCGACUGAAUUGAUAUUAGUAUCCAAAUUUUUAUUUAUUCUAUUUAUGGAAUUCACAUUUAAUUUUUUCUCUUAUUUAAAUAUCUUGAAAUUGAUAAAACCAACUGUUUUAAGUCAAUGGCCUCAAAUGAUAAGCUGGUAUCUAACUUUUAUGCUGUAAUUAAUUUUUUUUUCCUCUUAGAAUUGGUAGAAACCCUCUAAAAAAGUUUCAAAUCGGUUUACAAAUAUUUUGAGCCACGAAGCAUAUAAAAAUUGAGAAAAAAAACAGCAAAAGAUUCAGUUGUGAAGUUAUCAUGUACUACAAUGUUUGAAAAUAUUUUUAAGAAUUAUAUUAGUAAUUUAUUUAUCUAUGUGUGUAUAUUUUUUUUCAUUUAACAUGUGUGUUUAUUAAUAUUUAUUUGAAUAGAAAUUUUGUUGACAGAUAAAGUAUUUUAACUAUAAUUAAAAUAAAAAUAAAAUCAUGGUGUAUACUUUCCUUUUGGAAGUGGUGUUUUACUAUUAAAACUACUAUAGCGUAAUACUGUAAAAGGUUGUUCUUAAAAUUAGAUUUGUUAUUUUUGUAUGCCAAUUAUAAUUUAUAUUUUUUGUAUUGUUUUAUAUUAGUGUUGAUUUAAUAAAAAAAAAUAUUUAUUUCAGAA